AUGGAUUUGAUUAAUGAUGCUGGACUUUUAGGCUGCAAGCCUUCAACAAUUCCCAUGGAUCCUAUGAAGAAACUACGUUUAGAUUCUGGUUUACCAUUAGAAGAUCCCUCAAAGUACAGAAAAUUGAUAGGGAGAUUGCUAUAUCUUUGCAUCACAAGACCAGAUAUCACUUAUGUUGUUCAUAAACUAAGUCAGUAUGUUUCUAAACCCUGCAUGGACCAUUGGCAUGUAGCUGAAAGGAUUCUGAAGUAUUUGAACAAAACUCCAGGUCAUGGCCUUUUCUUCUCCAACAGUAGCAAGCCUACACUGAGUAUAUUCUCAGAUGCAGAUUGGGCGGCUUGUCCAGAUACAAGGAAGUCCAUGACAGGAUAUUGCUUGUUUCUUGGCAAUUCUUUAAUUUCAUGGAAAGCUAGGAAGCAAAACACUAUCUUCAUAUCCUCUGCAGAGGCAGAAUAUCGAGCUAUGGAACAAGCAACUUGUGAAGUUGUGUGGGCAAAGCAUUGCUUGAAGGCUUUGGAGUGA